UUUUCAAAGGGUUGAAAUCUGAGAGAGUCCAACCUUUUCUGAAAGUCCGUUCACACUUAAAUCAUUCUCAACCUCAUAAAAAAAAAACUCCACAAGAUCUGUUAACAUCUUGAAACCAAAAUCUACGAAUUGAUCAUCUUCAUCAGCAAUGGGAAACUGUCUAAAGCCUCUGAAAGAGCAACAACCUCCUCCUUCAAUAUCUCCCAAGCCUCUCAAUCUCAUCAAUCCUCCAACUUCUGAAGUGGAGUCAGAAAAGGAGAGUUUGAGAGAGUUCAGCUUUGCGAAAAUGAGCAAGGCAACAAAGAAAUUCAAAGAAUACAUGUGUGUAGAGAGUAAUGAUGGUGGUGGUUUUCGAACAAUCUACCAAGGCUACAUUAAUGAGACAACAUUUGCUCCAUCAAGAACUGGAAUCGCUGUUUCUGUCAUGGAAUGUUAUCAAGAUGAUACUCGGGAUAUACAAGACUGGAAGGAAGAAGUGAAGUCACUUGGAAGUAUUUCUCAUCCUAAUUUAGCAAAACUUUUAGGUUACUGUUGUGAAGAAAACAGAUCAUUCUUAGUUUUCGAAUACUUCCACAAGGGAAGUUUGGAGAGUCACAUUUUCGGAAAAGAAGGAGAAGCAUUGCCGUGGGAAAUACGCGUUAAGAUAGCCAUUGGAGCAGCUCAAAGUAUUGCGUUUCUACAUUCGGUCAAGAACACCGCACUAUAUAGAGAACUCAGAAUGUAUAACAUUUUGCUUGACGAGCACUACAACACAAAGUUGUUCUAUCUUGUAUCAAAUAAACUAUGUUUGAUAGAAGAAAGUAUCACGACUGCAUUCAUUGGAAGAACAGAAUAUGUAGCUCCUGAAUAUGUAAUCUCAGGUCAUUUGGGAAUGAAGAGUGAUGUGUAUACAUUUGGUGUGAUCUUGUUUGAGAUCUUAACUGGUUUGAAAGCUUCAGAUGGUAAAAAGAAUGAGAAACUGCAAAGCUUACAUGUCUGGACUAAACCUUUCUUGUCCGAUCAAAGUAAAAUGCGGGAAAUAAUCGAUCCUCGACUUGGGAACGAUUAUCCUGUGAAUGCAGCGAUACAGAUGGGAAAACUCAUCAAAAGAUGCAUCAAGCUGGACACUGGCAAACGACCAACGAUGCAACAAGUCUUGGAUAGGUUGAAUGAGAUAGCAGAGAUCAAAGAUUAAUAAUGCGUAGAGGUAAAAAAUGAGACUUGAAGUUGAACAAGUUUGGGGCUAAUUUAUAAUAACUCAAGUGUUUUAUUUAA